UGCAGGUAUGUUUUACCUCCCUAAGGCUCUUUCAUUCUAAUCCAGGAUUCCGCAAACGAAACCCUCCCCCUACCAACAACCAUGGUCUCUCGUUGGUUCGCACAAAACGAGAUCGGUCCCGGGGCGACCAUCAGGCUCGAUAAGGAAACCUGGAUUGUAGCUGAGGCAUGCGCCGAGCGCGUUUUCCAGUAUCACAUCAGCGAGUGCAAAUCCAACAACCCUCCCGCAUCCUACGCCACGAUCCGCGUUGCCUGUACGGGACCUGGUAGCAGUCCGAAAGCCCACCUAAGAAUCUACAAACAGAUCCCGACGGCCGGGAUCGAGGCCGAGUCGCCUGCUUUCCGUAGGCAGCAAGCUCGCGCCUGGGAUCCUCCCGAGUUGGAAGCUUUGCGCAUGCUGACCCGCAAGGGAUCCAAAUUCACACCGCGCCUGCUCGACUCCAUGUCGAACCGUCAGAAAGAGUCCGACUUCAUCCCGGAUGGGUUUUUGGUGUAUGUUGUCUGGGAGGUGGUGCCGGGUUAUCCGCUGGGAACCUGCGUCACCCUAGGGGAGAAUGUCUUCUGGGGCUUGGGGCCCGACAAGCGGGAGCUCAUUCGCCAGCAGUUCCAGCACAAGUACAGUCGGCUUUGUAAAUGGGGUGUUAUGCCUCUUCACGGUCGGGCGUCACAUCUUGUCUGGGAGGAUGAGUCUGCAACUCUCUACUUCGUCGGGUUCUUCAUGGCGAACACUCGGAUUAAGGACAAGUGGAGCCCUCUACGGUGGUGUGCAUGGGGUCUCGCCAAGCGCCCCUCCCCAUCUCUCCCAGGGCCGGACUGGGAUGGCAACACUGAGAACUGGGAAUGGUAG